AUGUACGUACCCUUCAAGGGUAUGUGUGGUAAACAAGGAACGCAUGGGUGGGCCCCCUCUCAGGUAAACUACGGUACAACAGUGAUAGUUGUGGUGAUAGUUGUGGGCGCGGAUUCUGUAGUCCACGCGCACAUCAGAUGCUCCACACCCCUCCUUCUGUACACGUGUCCACGGUUCCACGUUUACUUACACCGUGAUCUCGCUGUAAGAAGAAUAGAUCCCGAGCGGUAA